AUGGAUGACUACGAGAGCGAGAAGCUUGCGUUACGGCUCCAGUAUACCGACAUUUACACAACCUUGCAGUUGCUCCGCGUCGACCGUGACGCACUCGACCUCACAGAAGGCGAAAAGUCUCUCGCGAAGAGAAAGCGAGUGGACGAGGCCCUAAAUGACCGUGAGGUUGCUCUCAUUUCCCUUGAAACCGAGAUCGAGAGACAGGAGAGAAUCGCUGAAAAUAUCACAUUGGCUCUCAAAGUCAAUUUUGCCAUCGAAAUCAGCGAUGAUGAACUACCAGCAUUCGCAUCUAGCAAACGAAGCAAACGAAUCUCCCGCAACGGCCCGGAAGUAGUAUCCCUACUCGAUAUCGACGCCUUCGAUGACUCCGGGUCUGAAACUUCAAAUGUCCCGAGCCGGGCGUGUGGUCAUAGACUUGACCGGAAGCGAUGA